AUGCGGAUCUCAACACUAGCACUCUACUCGUGCCUGAUCGCAGCAGCUGCAAGUGUAUCCAUCUCAAACACCAACAACAACUUCGCCGAGUCAUCGUUGUCUGCGCUUCUCGCCAGAGACGCCUCCUCACCGUCUUCUUCCUCUCUCACCAACCUCUCUUUUGCCAAAAGAGCAGAAGAAGUAGUUGAAGAAGUUGUCGAACUCGACGAUGACGACGACGACGAUGAAGACGAAGACGAUCCCGAAACCAACCUAGAAGCUCGCGCACGCAAACAUCGUCACCGCAAACACCAUCGAUCCCGCAAACACCGUUCCUCCUCCUCCUCCAAGAGUCAUCGCCGCUCCAAACACGGAAAGCACCACUCAUCCCACUCCGUCUCCACCUCUUCUUCCAACAACAGCGGUAGUUUCAAAGGCAAAGGAACAUUCUUCAAACCAAACAAAGGAGCCUGUGGAAAACGGAACACGGUCAACGACUACAUCGUAGCUCUCUCCUCUGAUGUCUACAAGGGUGGCAAACAUUGUUUUGGAGGGGUCAAGGUGUGUUAUGGUGGUAAAUGUGUUUCUGCAAAGGUUGCGGAUCUGUGUCCAGGUUGUCAUAGGACAAGUUUAGAUAUGAGUCCGAGUUUGUUCAAAGCGCUAGCGGACCCGGAUUUGGGGGUUAUUGAUAUAAGUUGGUCUUUUACUUAG